UUAAUUUUAAUAAUAAAAACCGUCGUUGUCUUCUUUGUCUCCGGUGUUUUUGCGCCGUGCAAGCCCCGGUAGGGUGCGGCCUCCGCACCGGUACCGGCCUCCGCACCGGUACCGACCGAAGUCCCUCCAAGCGCUGGCCUCCCGGUUUAAGCGGAUCGCGGGAGGCUGGGCACAAUCCGCCCCUAUUAAUAGCUGGGAGCCGGGGGGGGGGGGAACGUUGCAUCCUCCCAGCCCGCACAAACCGGGCACUCACCGGUCGGUAAAUCGCUGGGAGCUCCGCCGAGGCCACCCAUGGCCUCCCUGUUCGCCGGGAAGGUGCUGGUGGUGAACAACGGGGACCGGGACGAGGUGGAGACCGAGCGGGAGCUGGGGCAGGCCCUGGAGAACAAGGUGCUGCUGCUGUACUUCGGGGCGGCCGGGUGCCCGCGGUGCCGGCGGUUCGCCCCGGUGCUCAGGGACUUCUUCGUGAGGCUGACGGAUGAGUUCUACGUGGAGCGGGCUUCGCAGCUCGGCCUCGUCUACGUCUCCCGGGAUGCCACCGCCCAGCAGCAGGACGCCUUCCUCAAGACCAUGCCCAAGAGGUGGCUGUCCCUACCCUUCGGGGACCAGUUCAAAAGGGAGCUGGAGCAGCGCUUCGCGGUGUCCGACGUGCCCAGGGUGGUGGUGCUGAAGCCGAACGGGGAGGUCAUCGCUGGGAACGCCGUGGAGGAGAUCAGCCGCCUGGGCCCUGCCUGCUUCCGAAACUGGCAGGAGGCUGCCGAGCUGGUGGACAGGAAUUUUCUCUUGGCAGAGGAUUUCGACGACUGGACUAGGAGAAGCAUCACUGACCCCUUCCGCCGCCUCAAGUACAAGGUGGACAAGAGGACGGAGGCCAAGGAUGAAGAGAGGAAAGGGGAGGAUGAGGAGUCUUCGUAGGGGCUGACUUGGCUGGGGACGUCCCUUGGGUUGCUGCCCCCAGCCUGGCUGCCUCUCAACAGUAACACCAACAUCCGUGUUAUAAAAAUCUGCUAAAAUUGCGUUAGUAUUCUGAAAGGUAAAUUGUUCUAGGACAAAGGAGUUCGACUCCCUUGUACAGCUUUUCCUGAGCACACAUCCUUAGCAAGCAGCUCUCUGCUUCACCCUUUCAGUUUCAACAGAUUGGUAUCAAGGUGACUCUCUGAGCAGCUAAGAGGGCAGUUUUACACCUUUGGGUGCACGCUCGGUAACCAAAAAUUUGCUUAUGGAGCCUGCAGAGAAUUGUGCAGCACCCACCCUCUCCUGUCUGUAACCCAGGGCUCCCAAGGGUAGCAGCACAAUGGAAGGGAUUCGUUCGUUUUCUCCUUUCUGGGUUCUCCAUAAUAUCCCUGGGGGGUGAGCUGAGAGUUUGAAAAAGCUCUACUGGAUGCAUGAAGGACCUGGGAAGUAAUGUGCAUAUUGAAGAGAGACAGAGAGGCUGUGCAGGGCCAGCUCGUUCAACUCGUUUUCUCACUUAAUCCUCCCUUCUCUUUACCCAGCAAGUCUGGCAGGUAGAUGAGAGAAGUCCUGUAAAACAAAUGGAUGGGAGGGACGCUGCGUUAUGCACAGCAAGAAGGGUACUUCCUUUUCAAGACGCUCCCUGUAUUUUGUAUGGCACAUGGACACCGCACGAAGGGAUGCAAAUAAAAUCUGAGAGUCCUUUUGGGUCACACACCUGCUGGACGAGUGAAACUCCCCUGUCUGGUGUGCUCUGAUGGUCAGUAAUAAAGCAGUACUCCAUUUACCUGGGGCAACGUCUGCCUAGUAGGGCAAACGCUUACAGCUGUAUUAAAAAGUAAAUAAAUCACAAAAAAGGAACAUGGAGAAAUAAGAGGGAGGCAAAGGGCAAUGUUUUCACCUGUAAGUGCUGCCCAUGUGAGUACCGUGGCUAUUAACUGGCAUUCAGCUUGUGCUUCUCAUCCCCAUGGGACUCUGAUGUCAAUAAAAGGACACGCUACACCAAAAUUUACGUAAAAUAAUAUAAAAUGGGGACUUUUACCAGCCCUACUUUUUUUUUUUUUUUUUUAAAGCAUGGUAUUUUUAUUAUUUUGGGUUCAAAACCAAAAGUUACUCUUUUCUUGGUUUAUUGUGUUGAGGAAAAAAAAAUACAGGCCAAGAAAGGGCCACUGAGCAACUGUGAAAAGUGAAGCUGCUGGCACUGGGAAGUGCUACUACCAUCAUCAUUCUACUAAAGAGAGACUAGAGCUUUGUUUCCUCUUCUUCAAUUUCAAUUUCUUUUUUUUUUUUACUUUCAAUUUCUUUCAAUUUUUUAUUUUUUAUUUUUUUUUUGGCCAAGUAAAAGAAGCCAUGAUGCUUUCGCAUGUACUUCAGACAAAAGCUGAGCUGGAGAUGCUCCUGUCUUAUAACUAAGAAGGCUUUGCAGUACGUCGGAAGCCAACAAAGCCAGAUCUUCAAGCCACAUCGUGGGCAGGAGCCGCUCCGGAGAUCUGAUAACGAUGGGGGACGGCGACCACAGAUGUUCUGCCUAGUGAGUGAACACAGCACUGCACCCAGGGCUGGCCGCGGGUGAGAGAAAAAUCCUGCAAAGAACAAUCAGCCACGACCAUUAUUUCUCAAGUUCCAUCAGAUAUGAAAAUCACCCCGACCAAUUCGCUGCAUGGAAGCGUUGCAUGGCGUUGUAAGACAUUUAGCUCUGGUUUCAUGUGUCAUGCUCAUGGUUUAUAUGUAUAGGGUGUAGAACAAAAGGUAUUUGAAUGCUUAUGGUUGUAUCUAAGUAUCCUUUAGUGAAAAAAAAAAAAGAUAUUUAUUCUUUUCAAGUGUUAUACUUUACAG